AUGGGUAAUGCUGCGGCUGCAUGUUGCUGUGCUGCCAAAGACGAGGGCGUGGAGGUCACCGCGUAUGCAAUUGGUGCCACAGAUGGCCCGUUGAAUGACGAGCGUUUCCAGGGAUCCAAGCAGAAGCAGUAUGUGAUCUGCAUACGGAAGAAGGAGCAACUCGAUCAGCUUGGCAUGGAUGUCAAGCACAGAUUGGGCCGUCUAGUUGUCGUGGCGAUCCGCCGCGGUGGGGCUGUGGACCGCGCGAAUCUGGUGGCUGCGCAGCAUGGACUACAGCCGAUUCAGGUCAACGAUGUCAUCGUGGACAUAAAUGGCGCCACCUUGGACACGGGAAUGGUCGCUGAGUGCAAGUCUUCCCUGGUGCUAAACGUCAAGUUCUUGAGAAGAGAGCAUUUUAGGUGA